GUAGGUGAAAAAUCAGGAAUAAAAAUCUUUUUACUCUUCAACGCGCGUUGCAACUUAAAGUAGAGUGAGCUGAAAUGAAUUUUUUUUUGUUAAUUAUUUUAAUAAGCUGGAAUUAUCGUACGAGUGGUGGUAAUGAAACCGUAGUUCGAAUUAUUGGUGGUCCUCUAGUUGCGCAAUUGUUAGCUGAAGAACACGGUCAUUAUUAUAAAGGGCCGGUAGUUGGAUUUAAAGAUACAUACAUAUUAGUGCCUCUAAAAAAUAUAUAUGAAAAUUUCCACAAGCGAGGGAUGUUUUCAUCAAGGCUUAUGAACGAUCGAAGAAUUGUAUGGGCUGAAGAACAACAAGCAAAAUCACGCCAAAAGAGAGACUUUAUUUCCAUUGAGGAUAUACCCAAAGAGAGAGUAAAAAGAAUUGAUACAAAUGUAUAUGAGCAGAAAAGGAAGACUAUUACAACUGAUAAAAUAUUUAAUGAUGAACUAUGGAGUCAACAGUGGUAUUUAAGAGAUACUAGAUCAAGAUUAGAUCUUCCCAAAUUAGAUCUGAAUGUUAUUCCUGUUUAUUUAAUGGGAAUUACUGGGAAGGGUAUAAGAAUUUGUAUUCUUGAUGAUGGAAUUGAAUAUACCCAUGAUGAUCUAAAUGAAAAUUAUGAUCCCGAAAUUAGUUGGGACUGCAAUGAAGAUGAUAAUGAUCCAUUUCCAAAUUUGGUAUCUUCAAAAUCCAACAAUCACGGAACUAGGUGUGCUGGAGAAGUCGCCAUGACAGCUAAUAACCGAAAAUGUGGCGUUGGGAUAGCUUUUGGAGCAAGAAUUGGUGGUGUAAGAAUGUUGGAUGGUCUGGUAACAGACAGAAUUGAAGGUACUGCUUUGAGUUAUGCUCAAAACCUUGUUGAUAUCUACAGUGCCUCAUGGGGACCAAAUGACGAUGGGAAAACAGUAGACGGUCCUGGACGGUUGGCCAGAGAAGCUAUAGAACGAGGAAUUAAAGAAGGUAGAAAUGGCAAAGGAACCAUUUAUGUUUGGGCAUCUGGUAAUGGUGGAAAUAAUAACGAUAAUUGCAAUUGCGAUGGUUAUUUAGCAAGUCCUUACACUAUAUCUGUAGGCAGCGCUUCCCAGAAAGGCGAAUUCCCAUGGUAUGGAGAAGCUUGCGCAUCUAUACUAGCUGUCACUUACUCUUCUGGGGCUUACAAGGAUCAAAUGAUUUCAACAACUGAUGUACAUAAUGAGUGUACUACCAAACACACUGGAACGUCCGCAUCUGCGCCGUUGGCUGCUGGAAUUAUUGCUUUAGCACUAGAAGUAAAUGGAAAUUUAACAUGGAGGGACAUUCAACAUCUAAUAGUAUGGACAUCGGAACUUUCUCCACUAGUUAACAAUGACGGAUGGCAACAAAAUGGCGCAGGAUUUUGGUUCAAUGAAAGAUUCGGAUUUGGUUUAAUGAAUGCUUUUGGCUUGGUUUCAACAGCUAUUUCAUGGGUGACGGUACCAGAACGAACAUCCUGUCAAGUUACGGUACAUGAAAAUGCAACUAUAUCAGUGAGCCAAGCAGUACAUAUCAAUAUCCCUUCGGAUGGUUGCAAAGGAAGAAGAAACGAACUGAGAUAUAUUGAACACGUAGAAGUGCAAACGAACAUUAACUAUACUUUUAGAGGUGCUCUACAAAUACGUUUAAUUUCCCCAUCAGGUACAUUUGUAAAUUUAUUAUCCCCACGAAAAUUAGAUCGAAGUACCCAUGGAUUCCAAAACUGGACGUUUAUGUCCAUGAAAACCUGGGGAGAAAUAGCAGAAGGCAUUUGGAAAAUACAUAUAUCAGACCAAACGAAAUUUGAACAAAACAUUGGUACAAUUGGUGAUAUAACAUUGGUUCUUCAUGGUACGAAACAACUUCCGUAUCACUUGAGAGAAGGUCCGAGAAAUUAUAAUGAAAAUUACAAUAGGAUUCAAAAUAGAGUUAAGUUGGUACACCAAUUUGAAAAUUACGAUGACAAUGUAUUAAAAACGGUCGAAGAAAAGAUUAAACAGUAUCCAGUAUAUUUACGUCAAUAUAGUUUUAAGGAUAAUAUAGAAAGUAAUAAUUUAUAUGUAUAAUUGGUAUAUAGGAAUUAAAGUAAAUAAAUAUGUUAUGCACAUUCUCAUUUUUUAAUAAACAAAUAUUAAUGUAUUAAUAAUGAUAUAAAAAAUGUAAUCUGGAC